ACUUUGGCCGAAGCCGAAAUACAGAGAAAACUCUCUCUCUCUCUCUCUCUCUCUCUCUCUCUCUCUCUCCUGUGUACUCAAUACUGGAACAGGGCGACAAUGAAUUUGAGGGAGGUAGCUUCGAUCUCAACGGCCGCUCUCUUCGGCGCCGCAGUCUCUGCUAUCGCCGUCCGUUUCUUCUUCAUGAGCCCUAGCAAUACUACCAGUCGGAAGCACUUCUCCUCCAUCGACAAGAAAAUUGGGCCUCAGUGCCCCUUCGAUCCUUCCAAACGCAAAGGGUACUUGUCAUGGGACGAUUAUUUCAUGGCAAUUGCGUUUCUAUCUGCUGAGCGUUCCAAGGAUCCUAAUAGGCAGGUUGGUGCAUGCUUGGUGAGUCAAAGUGGUAUUAUACUUGGCAUUGGCUACAACGGUUUCCCUCGUGGUUGUUCAGAUGACACACUUCCUUGGUCAAAGAAAUCCAAGACUGGGAAUCCCUUGGACACUAAGUAUCCUUAUGUUUGUCAUGCGGAAGUCAAUGCCAUCCUGAACACUAACCAUGCAUCUGCUGUGGGACAGAGGCUCUAUGUCACAAUGUUCCCAUGCAAUGAAUGUGCCAAGAUUAUCAUUCAGUCAGGGGUCUCUGAAGUUAUAUAUUUUGUGGAGAAGAGGUUGAAAACUUCAGACACUGCCUACGUUGCUUCUCACAAACUUCUAACAUUGGCAGGUGUCAAAGUCAGGAAACUUCAACCACAGAUGGACAAGAUUUUGAUAGAUUUUGAAGAGCCUAGUAAUUCUCUCAUGACACAAUCAUGAGAAGUUGCAAGGGCAUUUUGCAGAGGUAAAAUGUUGAGGUCAUCAGGGCUGAAAAUUGGAUCAUACAAGAAAGAGUGUCUGGUAAUGUGCAAGAUUUGAAAAUUGCGAAGGCUAAGUGUUGAGGUCAUCAGUGCUGAAAAUUGGAUCAUGUGAUUGUUGUAAAAUGUGUCCUUUAAGGCAAAAUGUUAGGACUCCCUUUUCAACUGAACAAAACCAGAGGCCCAAGAAAUGAGCAAAGCCAAUCAAACUUAACUACGAAGUUAAUAUGAACUGGACGGUCUCUCCUGUUAUUAUGAUCUCUUUGUAUUCUGCAUGCAUCUAUUUCAGAGGCUAAGGCUCAUUAUGAACCCCUUUGUAUCCUUUUGUUUUAAAUAACUUAUAUUUCACGGGUUCCCUUUAAUAGAGAAAGCAUGCUAAGUACGUAAUUUUCUAUUCAAAA